GUCUUGUGUGAUUGAAGUUUUGGCUUGUGCUUAAAAAAUUGUGUUGUAGUGCAUAGAGAUUAAAGAGGAUAGUUGUUUUCUUCUACUGCAAAAACUCUUGAAGCUUUGGAUAAGAAGAUGCAUAGAGAUUAGAGAGAAUAGUUGUUUUCUUCUACUGCAAAAACUCUCGAAGCUUGAAACUCUUCUUAUCCAAGAUCCUUGUUAAGUACAUAAAAUAUGAUAAUUUGAUUUUCUUAUCAAAUAUAGGUAAAUUGUUCUUUUUUGUGUUACGGCAGUUAUUUGUUUAUUUUUUUUAACUUUUUACUCCAAAGGAAGGAAAAAAAAAAAAAAAGUCUUACUCCAGAACAAGAUCUCAUCAGAGCCACAAUCGUCAUCACAUUCAUCACCACAAUCAUCAGAGAGCCAUGGCUUCAGGUUUCAGCGGCGAUGAAACUGCUCCUUUCUUCGGAUUCCUUGGCGCCGCCGCCGCGCUUGUUUUCUCCUGUAUGGGAGCGGCGUACGGGACGGCGAAGAGCGGCGUCGGAGUUGCGUCGAUGGGUGUGAUGAGGCCUGAACUUGUGAUGAAAUCGAUCGUGCCUGUGGUUAUGGCUGGUGUUUUGGGUAUUUAUGGUCUGAUCAUCGCCGUCAUCAUCAGUACCGGGAUUAACCCCAAGGCCAAGUCUUACUACCUCUUCGAUGGCUAUGCACAUCUCUCUUCCGGCCUCGCUUGUGGUCUCGCCGGUCUCUCCGCUGGCAUGGCUAUUGGAAUCGUCGGCGAUGCCGGUGUUAGAGCGAAUGCCCAACAACCAAAGCUGUUUGUGGGAAUGAUUCUGAUUCUCAUCUUCGCGGAAGCGCUUGCAUUGUAUGGUCUCAUUGUCGGUAUCAUCCUCUCAUCUCGAGCUGGCCAGUCUAGAGCCGAGUGAUAGUAGAAACGAGUUCAAGCACAGACUUAUUAUUAUUUAUCAUCAUCUCUCAUAUGAGAAAUGUAAUGGUUUGGCUUCUCCUUUCAGUUCUUUUUUGUGCGUUUUGGUUAAGUUAUCAUUGGAAACAAGUAACCCUGGUCAAAUCGUUUGACUUUGGUACCAAAAGCUUUCAUCUUUCAUUUGCAUCACAAAUCAAACCUUAGUUAAUGAAUACUAUAUUACCACUAAACAAAUAAUUGUGAGGUUUCAUCUUAAGUAACCAUCCUUGUCUGCUACAUGAAAUCGUCCCUUGAAAUAAUCA